AUGUUGACGCACAAAGCCGAGAACACCGACAACAGUGAAAACUGGCUAUGCCAUGGCAAUGUGGGAAACUACGAUAACUCAGGAAGCAACUGCGACUUCGACAAUUUGGUGGCCCACGCAUCUUCGUGGAAGAUCGAGGGCGUCUGUCGCGACAACUCGAAGUCCGGCUCGUGCGGGAGCUCCUUUGCCGCUCCGAUUCUAUACUUCCUUGCCAAGCCGUUCCCCAGAAAUUGCAGAAUCCAGGUCAGCACGACGCUGCUGAACAUCGUAAUUCUUUUCAAUGCUGUCAAGGUCGGAUGUCUCCUGACCACCGCCUUCUCUCGCAAAUUCGAGCCGCUCGCAUCGGUACGCAAGCCCAUGCGAGUAACCCGGCCUUACGGCGAGCAGCGAAGCACAUUCUGGCUACAGCUAUCGUACCGCUAUAUCGUGCCCAUCAUGGUCAUCAUGGCGUUUAUGCACUGCGCUGCUGCCCAUGCUGGCCAGGACGAGGUCGACGUCGCGGCUCGUCACUUACAGUAUGGUUUCAUCUCGGAGGAUGGUACUGGUGGCAGAGAUCGCCGGCGAGUGGGCUUUUCUUCGCGGCCUGUGGAGAAACUUGUCGCUGGCGAGACGUACGCGUGA